GCCAGCGACGACGACCUGCCUGGGGACUUGCGGUCUCUGUCGUGGCUCACGGCCGUGGAUGUGCCUCGGCUGCAGCAGAUGACGAGUGGCCGCAUGGACCCCAGUGUGCCGGCGGCUCUCCCAGGAGCCUUGGCAGGCACAGCGGACCUGCACCCGGGAGUCGCCCCAGCGCCCCUGCUCCACGGCCCCGCCCGCAUGGCCCCCCCAGGCAUGCUGGACCUGGGCCCCAUGAGCAGCCACGGGGCUCCUAUGAGUCCGUUCCCCACGGGGGCCCCGGCAAGGGCCCAGGCAGCAGCCGUGCUGCAGGGCGGGCCUCCGCUGUACUCACCCACCUCCCCACGACAGUUCCAGCUGCCCCUGGGCACACAGCAGUGCCCUCCUGGGGGCCUCUACGGCUCCCCUUUUGGGGUGUGCCCUCCCUAUUCCCAGCCCCGAGUGGCUGCACUUUCAUCUCAGGACCUGCACCCCAAACACUACCCUAAGCCCAUCUACUCUUACAGCUGUCUGAUCGCCAUGGCCCUGAAGAGCAGCAAAACAGGCAGCUUGCCCGUGAGUGAGAUCUACAGCUUCAUGAAGGAGCACUUCCCCUACUUCAAAACGGCUCCCGACGGCUGGAAGAACUCUGUGCGCCAUAACCUGUCCCUGAACAAGUGCUUCGAGAAAGUGGAGAACAGGAUGGGCGGCUCCUCACGCAAGGGCUGCCUGUGGGCCCUGAACCUGGCCCGCAUCGAGAAGAUGGAGGAGGAGAUGUACAAGUGGAAGAGGAAGGACCUGGCCGCCAUCCACCGGAGCAUGGCCAACCCCGAGGAGCUGGACAAGCUGAUCUCGGACCGGCCAGAAAGUUGCCGGCGUUCCAGCAAGACAGGGGACCCCGAUACUCCUGUGCUCACACAUGCCGCCCCCGUGGCCAGGACCCACGGCUGCCUGGCUGCCACCCAGCUCCCGUGCCCGCCGCAGGUGACCCUGUCCCUACAGUCAGCCCCCCUGCACCACCAGUUGCAGCCCCAGGCACACCUGGCCCCCAACUCGCCUGCCCCGGCGCAGACCCCUCCCCUGCACCCCCUGCUCCCCCACCUGAGCCUGGACAGGGCCGCCAGUGCCUCGGACUUCGUCAACAUCAGCACUGACCUGAGCACCGAGGUGGAUGCGCUGGACCCCAGCAUCAUGGACUUCGCUCUGCAGGGGACCCUCUGGGAGGAGCUUAAGGAUGAGGGCUUCAGCCUGGACUCGCUGGCGGCCUUCGGAGACGCCCCACUUGGCUGCGAGCUGGGGACUGCUGGCCUGACCCCUGUCUCCAACGGCAGCAGUGACCAGGCCUUCCCAGACCUGGCGGUGACAGGGCUCUAUGCGGCUUAUGCUACUCCGGACAGUGUGGCCACGCAGGCCUCCACCUCCUCCCCACAGUGCCUGGGGACCCCUGGGAACAAGCCCAUAGCCCUGCUGUGA